AUGCCACGUGGGAGGCGGAGGAGCCGCCGCCGGCGCCGGCCUGGAGCCCCGGGGCCCCCCCAGGCGCAGGGGGCGCCGCUGGCGGGGCGCCGAGAGGCGGGAGGCUCCCGGGAGCGGGCGGGGCCCGGCCUGCCCCGCUGGGCCCCGCGGGAGGAGGUGCUCGGCGGCGCCCAGGGAGAGCUGGGCCUAGCGGGGCUGGGCCCGGCCCCGCCCGGUAGCGCGGCGGGGCCUGCCGGGCUCUCCCACCCGUGGGCCGCCCCCGUCCCGCUUCUCGCCCCGCUCCUGGCCCCGCCGGCCCCCCGAGCGCAGGGCAGCGGCCUGCCCGCCGCGCUGGGCAUCUUCCGGGAGCUGGCCGGGCUGGCGCGGGAGCCGGGGCCCGGGGGCAGCAGGGCGGGGGCGGCGCCGCGGCUGAGAACCGUGUACGUGAACCCCAGGUGGCUGGAGCGGCAGGCGGCCUUGGCGGCGGCCCCGGAAGGCCUGGUCGGGCCGCAGGGCCCGGAGGCUGCGAGCAGCUCGCUGGGGCCUCCGCCCGCCACCCAGGGGGAGCCCUGCCCGGAGGCAGCGAGUCCCUACGUGGGGCUGCGGAGACCCCUGGGCUACCAGCUGGCCAAGGCCACCAAGGAGCGGAUCUGGAGGGGGGAGUUCAUUGACCUGUUCUCCUUGCUCCACACAGAGCUGGCCCCGGAGCACGAGCCUGGCCAGGGGCUGGGGGACACGCUGGACCAGUGGGUCUCCGCCUUCCUGGUGUACGCCAGUGUGCUCUGCGAGAAGCACCCCAACAGGUGUGGGGCCAUGUUCAAAUACCUGGAUGUCAUCCGCAAAUUCCACGCCACCUACGGCGGCACUUCCUGGCUGCACUAUGACGAGGACUUCAGGCGGCUGGCGGCCAAGGACCCCACCAUGGCCUGGGGGGAUGUUGACUUGAAUCUCUGGAUGAAGUGGAUGGCCCCGUUGAAGCCAUCAACAACCAGGCAGCCGCAGGCUGCGGGUGACCAGCAGGCUCCACUGCGGCCUCAAAAUUCCAGGACGGAUGAUAAAAGUCAGACUUCUCAUUUCUGAAAUGUAGCAGAUCAGUUUUUACUUCACUGCAGAUCUUACCAUUUCUCCUGUUCUACAGAAGGUUGAUCACGGCUAGAACAAAAUCAAGACUUGAUAUUUCUAAUGUAAAAAUUAGAAGAACUUUAAAAAAAUCAAAAAACACUUGAGGCACUCUUUACUUCAUAAGGAAGCAAUCAAGAAACAAUUUUUAAGGGCUGGGGUGAGAAACGAUGUUUUUGUUUUGGACUUGAUAGUUGGCAUCAGUGCAUCAUCUGAGACACAUUCUUGAAACUUUUAUGUCUAGAUUAAUUUUAGGUAAUUCUCAAUUUUUUUUUAUACCACAUUCAAGGAGAAAGCUAGUUGGAAGGGCAGUCCAACUAAAUUGGUGAGUUACAUACUAUAACUGACUAACUCUAAAAUUUAAAUGUGUGUGCAUUUGUUAAAUACAGAAUUUUUUAUAGGUACCAACAGCCUGACUCCAUUGUUGUCUAAGUGGAGCUCAGGUAUUCUGUUGCACCCAUUUACCUCUGCUUUUGCUGCAUUGCAUGCUCUGCUAAAGAAGACAUAGGAGAUUCAUUUUACCCAACCAGCAGUUGUAGCAAUGGACUACAAUCAAGCCAGUUUGUUGGACAGUAGGAAUACUUGCAGUGCAGCAUUUGACACAGACUAUCUAAAGAGGGCAAAGAUUCAGGAGGGUGAAUGAGUUGAACCGCCUUUGAAUGAAGUCUGAAACAACUUCCAGAAGGGGAAUCCUACUCUAAAAUACUAUAUAGAAAGUAUAAGUCAAAGUGAAUAUUGU